AUGGGCCGAAAUAGUCGUUCUGAAGUCAUCCUCACCGUUUCUUGGAUAGAAACAUGCAUUGGCUUAUUCAUUUUUAGCCUUCGGUUCCUGAGUAACUGGAAAUUCGUGGAGCGGUUUAGAUGGGACUUUGCUAUCGCUGGUUUGACGGUGGCAACCGAGACAACUGCUCAGGUGUUCCUGCAGCUCUCAGUCAAUGCUGGGAUGGGCCAUCACUUGGAUGAUCUGUCGAAUUCACAGAUAGUUACAGCACUGCACUGGUCAUGGGUGUUCCAGUUACUGGCAAUAACUGCCAGUAUGCUAGGAAAGCUUGCGAUUCUUGCCUUCCUUGUCCAGAUUCGUGGUCGGCAUGAGAAAAAGCCGUGGUUCUUGAUCAUCCUGGGUGUCCUGAUUGGCACAAUCAAUACCACUGUUCUUGGAACAAUUCUGGGUCAAUGCAAGCCAAUGAACAAGUUGUGGGAUGAUAGUGUUGAAGGAACAUGCAACCCGGGGCGCAAAGUAAAUCAGAACUAUUCGUUUUUCCAGGCUAGCUUCAAUGCACUUAGCGACGUCCUGUUGGCAGUAUAUCCAGUUCAUCUCUUUUGGAAGCUCCAGAUGAAGCUGCGGAUCAAGAUUGUCUUGUCUGUCCUCAUGGGACUGGGCUGGAUAGCGGCAGUUUGCUCCGCUGUCAAGACAUAUGAGCUAAAAGCGUUGACCGAAACAACAGAUAUCACUUACGCUCAAUCCGAUCUCCUCAUCUGGGCCUCGACAGAAGCUUGGAUCAUCAUCAUGGUCGGCUGCGUACCACCCACCCGACCACUUAUGGACAAGGUAUUUCAGCGACUGGGGCUUAGCUCAAAGAAAACGCCGGCUCCUUACCAGUAUCAUGGCUCGAGCGGACACGCAGCACAUGGCACAAACAAGUCCAACCUGGCCAGCCACUCCAAUCUUCAGUCCAACGCAUAUUGGGGGAGGAAGCAGCCAUCUGAAGAUGACUGCCCGAACUGGAUGGAGUUCAACACGUUUGGUGGGACACAUGGAAGUCAGGAACAUAUCGUCAACGAGACAAAGGGUGUUACAAUUAGAACCGAUAUUGAGACUCAUUUCGAGGAUGUGGAGCGUCACAGCGGCCGGUCGCCAGGGGUUACGCAUAUCUGCUGA